AUGGCUCGCGCUCCUUUCGUUGUUCCCGCGCUAAAGAAGCACACCGCCACAGUCAUCAUGGCCCACGGGCUGGGAGACAGUGGUGCCGGAUGGAUGGCUCUGGCACAGAACUGGCGCCGCCGCGGCAAGUUCGACGAAGUGGCCUUCAUCUUCCCCAAUGCGCCCACGAUCCCUAUCACAGUUAACUUUGGCAUGAGCAUGCCGGGAUGGUAUGACAUCUCCAAGCUUGGCCGCGAUGUAAGCCCUCACUUCCCUGCCCUCCAACCGCAAACUCACAUCGCUGACCCUCAAUUACUCUAUCAGCUGGACUUCGAAGAAUCCCUCCGCUCCCAAGACGAAGCAGGCAUCCUGCGCUCCCGCGACUACUUCAACACUCUCAUCAAGGAAGAGAUGGACAAAGGUAUCAAGGCGUCGCGAAUCAUCCUGGGCGGGUUCUCGCAGGGCGGUGCGAUGUCCGUCUUCACCGGAGUCACCUGCAAGGAGAAGCUUGGCGGUGUCUUUGGGCUGUCGUCAUACUUGCUUCUGAGCGACAAGAUCAAGAAUUUCCUGCCUGAGGAGUGGGUGAAUAAGAAGACGCCGUUCUUCCUGGGCCACGGAUUGGAGGAUGAGGUUGUUCAGUUCGACUACGGAAAGAAGUCGGCGGAGUUGCUUAAGACGAUGGGUCUUGAGGAUGUUAGCUUCCACCAAUAUGCUAAUCUUGGCCACUCAGCGGAUCCCCAGGAGAUUGAUGAUCUGGAGAAAUUCAUAGAAAAAGCCAUUCCCGCAGAGGGAGAUGGUAACGCCACCGCUGGUUUAUGA